AUGUCUCCAAGCCUCGAUAUUGAUCAAUGUUUGUCGGAUGGCAGCAUUCAUGCGAGUCCGUGUUUGUUCGCCUUCUUCAAGCCAAGAGGGAUGGAGACUACUUGCACCGCUGGUAGUGGUCUCCGGAAGUUCCUCGAUCGGGGAAGGCUGCAUCCUGUAGGUCGUUUAGACCGUGACACGACCGGUCUGUUGUUAUUGAGCAGUGAUGGAGACUGUACCAACCGUAUACUGCAUUCUACUAUUAAUAAAACAUACGCAGCUCUCGUGCGGGGAGUGCUGCCAGAAGGGUUAAUGAAAAAGGUUGUGAGUGAGGGUGUAGACUUACCAGAUGGGCAUGUUGAUGUGACACGGCUUGAAACGAUCAACGAUGGUGACACUGUCCCUUUCGGACUAGUGGCGUAUCCCUUGUCUUCGAUCCCGACUAACGGAUGUUCGAUGGUUCGGAUUACAACUACGUGUGGAAGGAACAGAGUAGUGCGGCGAACGCUUUGUGCACUCGGUCAUCCAGUGUUGCUCUUGCACAGAGAGGAAAUAGGCGGUAUCAAGUAA